CUCCUUGCUGUUGCAUGCGACAGUGCCUCCGCAAACAACGCAACGAUUGAGCGGAUGGAUGAUCGUCUGCCCAAGUUCCGCGCGUCGACCGGACAUGUACACUGCUUUGGGCACGUCAUCCAGCUUGUCGGCUUCGGCUUGCUGAAGCAGUUCGAGCCUGUUCGCAAAAAGAAGACCGCGGAGGGGGAGAGUGAAGACGAC